AAAUAACACGUGUACUUCCGGUGACGUCACAUGUAAAUAAACAUUGAUUUCGCAUACUACUUCAUACUACUGCAAUUCAUUUCACAGGGACUGACAGUCAACAAAGAAACCCACAAUGUUUAGAGGAGGGCGUAGAAGAGGGCAAAACUUUGGAAUUCUUCUGCUUGGUAUGCAGAUGAUGAACUUCGGAUUUGACAAAAUCCCACCAGUUACACUUAUAUCUAUUAUAGGUCAGGUUGCGAUAUUCCUGGGCUUUGGUGACCUUGACCGAUGGUUUGGGUCAGUACGUGAUGUGUGUAUCAGCACACACCUGGUGGUUAGCCAGCGACAGUGGAGCCGCCUUCUCCUGGGAACGCUUGUACACGCCAGCGACAUGCACCUGUACUUCAACAUGGUCUCUCUUCUCUGGAAAGGCAGCAUGCUGGAGAGGAAGUUCCAGAGUCCUUACUUUGCCUACAUGUUGGCUGUGUUCACAUUUCUAUCCAGCGGCCUGUUAGUGGCUCUCAACUGGCUGAUGGCCACUGUGUUUGAUGAUUAUUCCUACAAUCUUACAUGUGCAGUAGGAUUCUCAGGUGUGAUAUUUGCCUUGAAGGUUCUGACCGUUCACUACUCGCCCCGCGGGCUCCACUACGCCCUGGGAUUUAUACCCGUGCCAUCCCGCUACAUCUACUGGCUCGAACUAGGGCUUAUACAGAUCAUCUACCCCAAUGCCUCAUUUACAGGUCACUUGGCUGGGAUUUUGGUCGGAGUUUUGUACAUUAAAGGUCCUUUGAAGAUGAUCAUGGAUGGUUUUAUGUCACCAGAGCCAUCUUAUACAUAUACUCAAGGUACAACAAACAGACAGCCAACUGGUCGGGGUUAUACAACAGGCCGUAGAUCAGAGAGAAUGUACGAGGAUUAUACAGGUGGACUGAGUGAAGAAGAGCAGAUCAGACGGGCCACUCAGCAGAGUCAGCAAGAAAAUUAUAGACCGAAUGGUGAGGAGAGGUUGUAUCCAGACUUGGAUGACUUACGAAGACGUCGGGCAGACAGAUACACCUGAUAAAUCUGAGAUCAAGCCUCAAACAGCCAGACAGUAUUUGGUGCCAGGAGAAAGGAAUCUGAAUCCAUGAUCUGUGAUAAUUGACUUAAUUGCCAUGAAUUGCCAAUGGCAAAGGCUUCAAGAAUUUGUUAAACAUGUAAACUGAAACAUGUUGCAAAGGAAGUCUAUAUUGCUUUGUGAAACAUAUUAAUUGAUAUGUGAAUCUUCGUUUGAAUCCCAUUAUUGUUGUGUGUUAUACAUACUGUAAAACCAAGCUUUUUUCUCCUUUAUUAUUAAAUAUUUAAAACUAUUGGCAAAAAUAUGUAUUUAUGGACCUUGGAACUGACAUAUAAGUUUCAUGUUAAGCCAGUCAAAUACAUGUAUUUUUAAUAUAAUGCAAUCUGUUGAUUUAAAAUGGUCAAACUAAGACUGAUAUUUGGGCCUGUCCAAUUUAAAGAGACUUAUCUUACAAAUGGCUUGCCAAAAUGGACACAAAAAGCUGUAGAUUUAAUAUUAAAAUUCGACUUUUGAGUGAUACUGUAGCUCGUCUGUUCUUCAAAGAAAUAGUAAUUGUAUUGCGAUAGCUUUGAGGUCAUUGUCAGCUUCAAGCAAAACUUGAACCUUGUCUUUAACUCAAAAACAGUUCAAAUGAAACAUGGUACACAUGAUGCCAGUGAAAAUACCCACAUUUCUGACUGUAAUAUCUGUAGAUUAAUGCCCCUUUUCCGACCAAAAUAAAUGGCAAAAACCUCGGCCAUAUAUAUCAAUUUAUUAUUUAUACAAAUAGACUGAAGGAAACAAAGCCGAAAGGCAUAAAUCUCAGCCAUAACUUAAAAAUCACAUGAAACUUGGUACACAUGUUGCCAGAGACAUAAAGCAGGGCCCAUAACUCUUGACUUCAAUAAUUGUCCAGUUGUGCCCCUUCUUGAAAACAAAUUUAAGUUUAAAAAUAUUUUGCAAAAUAAGGCGCGAAAAUAAAUGAAAUAAUUAACAAAAACUCUGGUUCUGUAAAAGUAUGUGAAACUUAAUCGGUGUUCAUAGUUUAAUUUUACAGACCUAUCAUUGGCCUCAUUAUAUACAUUAAAUGCUACCUCUCACAAAGAUACAUUAAGUGCUACUAAUCAUACAGAUAUAAUUUUUCUGUCAAUACUCAUUAAGGGCUACUUUUCAUAUUGAUAGAUCAUGUUCCAUUGAUGCAUUAUAUUUACGAUACAUAAUAUUCAAUGCUACUUUUCAUACAGAUAUUUUACGUUGCGUUGAAUUGACAUAAUGUGCAACUUAUCUUACAGAUAUAUCAUGUUCCAUUAAUACACAUCAAGUGAUACAUUAUACUUAUCAUACCAUAAUAUACAUUUAAUGCUACUAGUUCAUAAAAUGCUACCUAUCAUACGAAUAGCAUUUAUAAAUAAAUUAAUUAUUCUAAAUCUUGAAUUUGUUUUACUUAUCAUACCAUAAUUUACAUUGAA